AGAAAUAGAAACACAAAUCACAAAAGAUUGAGAUAGAUAGAUCAUGAUCUCUGUUCUUUGUUGAUCUUUGACCAAAAUUCGAUCUCCUAUGUAUAUACAAUUGCUCUGUUUUUUCUUGUUCUUGUUUCUGCUUUUACAAGCCACAAUGUCUAAACGUUCUUUCAAGAAAUUUGUGGAACAAGAACUCGGAUCUCUUCCUCAUUUCCUCAUCUACACUGUUCUUGAAUGGAGCCUCAUUGUUUUCCUCUUCAUCGACGGCGUUAUCGCCUUUCUGUCAAACCAAUUCGCCAAAUUCUUCGACCUCAACAUUCCUUGUCUUCUCUGCACCAGAAUCGACCACAUUCUCGUCCCUAGAGACCCUCAAUUCUAUUACAACGAGUCAAUCUGCGACUCUCACAAGAAGAAAGUAUCUUCUCUUGCUUAUUGCCAUGUCCAUAAGAAGCUCUCUGAGAUUAAACAUAUGUGUGAAGGAUGUCUUCUCUCUUUCGCCACCGAGAAAGAUUCUGACUGUGAUACUUAUAAGUCUCUCAUUGGCAUCUUACAUAAAGAUCUCGAGCUUCUCAUUGACGAUGAACGAGACCUUCCCUUGGCGUUCAAGAAAGACGACAAUUUAGUCCAGACAACAAAAAAUCUGGUGGAUUACAAGACUAACAACAUUAAAAAUGAUAGCUUGAAGCAACAUUGUUCGUGUUGUGGAGAAUUAUUGAAGAUAAAAUCUGAGAAGUUACCGAAGAACAACAAUUCUUUCCUUGCUCCUGCUCCUUCUCCUAGGGUAUCGCACAACAAACUGUCUGAAAACGAAUCUGAGUUUAAGGAUAUGGAUGUGGACCGAACACCAAGUUUUGUAAGAGGAGGUAACAAGUUUUUUGGGAUCCCUCUGUCUGAUUCGGCGCAAAACAGUCCACGAUGGUCCGUUCGAUCUCUUAAGAAAUCCGUUUUGAAUAAGACAGAGAAUGCUUCGGACACGACAGAUCCAACCGGUGAAUCCAUUCUUAAUCAGCUCAAGAAAGAGGUUCGCUUGGACAAGAAGUCACUCAUUGAUUUAUAUAUGGAGUUAGAUGAAGAGAGAAGUGCUUCAGCUGUUGCAGCCAACGAAGCGAUGGCUAUGAUCACGAGGCUUCAAGCCGAGAAAGCUGCUGUUCAAAUGGAGGCUUUGCAGUACCAAAGAAUGAUGGAUGAACAAGCAGAGUAUGACCAAGAAGCUUUGCAGUCUAUGAGUAGUGAAUUGGCGAAGAGGGAAGAGGAAAUGAAGGAGCUUGAAGCUGAAUUUGAGGUUUACAGAGAGAAAUAUGGAUGUUUGACUGAUCAAGAAGAUGCAAGGGAAGAGUUUCAUAAACAAAACGGCAAUGCUAGUGCAUAUGAUGAUUGCCAAGAAACCAAACCAGUCUCGGAUUUGGCUGUCUCUUCUUCAAAUCAGCAGGAAAAUGGCGAAAACAUCGAUCAAAAUGGGCAAUCGAAAAGGUCAGAGGAGUCUACCGCGGAGAAUGUUGUCUCUGCAGAUGAAGAAAAAGGGAGUGAAAGCAAAGAAGGGAUAGUAAAAGAGCUUUCAGAGAUCACAGAGAGACUAAGUACUCUUCAAUCAAAUGGUGAUUUAUUGAAACACAUUGCUGAUGUUUUGGAUGUUAGUGAAGGAGAAGCAAUUCUAUUGCAGAUAUCUCAGAAUUUGCACAUGCUUCGUAGUUUUGUUGCUAUGCCUUCUGAAUCCAUGAACUUGUAAUACAAUUUUUUUCCAUUUCUUAGAGAACAAGCAAGCUUUCACGCCUUGUCUCAACUUGAAAACAUUUCUUUUAUUCUUUCACAUUAAAAAGUUUCAGUUUGCUCCAUGAACCUAACCUAGUUUCAGUUUUGUACUUCAUACCCAAAAAAUAAAAAAGUUUUCAGUUUUGCAUUUGUAUUUAGAUGUGAAAUUUUUCUAAAAUGUUUUCACAAUUUCAAUAGGUAUAACAUUUUGAGUUUGUAUUUAGAUGGGAUUUUUAUAUUCUUACAUAUUUU